AAAAGAACACACUCCGCCAACGACCAAUGGCUCUAUCACUGAUGGAGAGAAAACCCAUGGCGAAGUUGAUGGCCAUGAGCCGCCAUGAGGGUCGUUUGCCCUCCCAGCUGGUGGCCCAGGUGGUCCGGCUCCGCUACCAGGCCUCCUGGACGCUGCGCGCAGCGCAGAUCCGCCGGCUUUUUACGCCGCUGAGGAAGUCUCGAAGAUCCCUUGGCGCCCGCUCGAGCAGCCAAGUUCAGGUCCUUUCGGCGCACGUGCUCCGUCUCUCUGAUGGGGGCACGUGCACUGAAGCGCGUUUGAGCUUGCAGUGGACGCUACCGGGUGGCGCCCAGCAAGUGGCGACUCGGUUGAUGUCCAGUGAACCGCAUUGCUGUGGAACUGGGCCGUUAUGCUGUCCAGGGCACCUUCAACUUUAACUCAACUUCUGGGACACAAUUGAGAUAAGCUAAGCGGACUCUUGUUU